AGCACACUCCCCGCUCGGAGCCGCCAGAGAGCGGAGCGGGCUGAGCCGCGCGCCGCCGCCCGUGCGCCCUUUCCCCCCGCGCCCGCCCUCCCGCUCGCCAGCCGCAUCGUCCGCACCUUCUCCGCCCGAGGACCUCCCGCCGCUGCUGGCCCUCCGGCCCCACUCCGGGCCCCGCGCCGCCCGCUCCACUUCGCAGCAACUUGGGCGGCCGCCCGCCGCAGCCUGGUCGCCUUUGAAGUUCGCAGCGCCGCCCGCAAAGUUGAGGCGCCCCGGCAACUGCACUCUCCUGCCUGCUGCCGCCUCCGCCGGGUCCCCGCGGGUCCCGGACGCUGGGCUAGGCAUCUGGCCGCCGCGGGACGGAGACGUUUGGCGCCAACACCGCGGGGACCGAGUUUCUUCUCCCCCAGGAAGAACCGGCAGAUUUUCUCCAGCCCAGGAUGGUGCCCCUGCGGUGGUGGUGGCUGCUGUGGCUGCUGUGGCUGGCGCCCGGCGCGCAGGCCCAGAAGCUGCCCACCCGCGACGAGGAGCUCUUCCAGGAGCAGACCCGGGACAAGGCGCUUUUCCACGACUCCGCGGUGAUUCCGGACAGGGCCGAAAUUAGCAGCUACCUCUUCAGAGACACGCCCAAAAGGUACUUCUUCGUGGUGGAAGAGGACAACACCCCACUCUCGGUGACGGUGACGCCCUGCGACACGCCCCUGGAGUGGAAGCUGAGCCUGCAGGAGCUGCCGGAGGAGGCCAGCGGGGAGGGCUCAGGCGAGCCGGAGCCCCUGGACCAGCAGAGGCAGCAGGCGACCAGCCAGCGGGGCACGGAGCUGUCCUCCUACAGGGGCAACGACGUGGAGUCCUUCGUGUCGCCCAGCUCCCCCUCCGGCCUGUACCAGCUGGAGCUGCUGUCCACGGAGAAAGACACGCACUUCAAAGUCUACGCCACCACCACGCCGGAGUCCGACCGGCCCUACCCGGAGCUGCCGCACGACCCCCGAGUGGACGUCGUGUCCCUGGGGCGCACCACGGUCACGCUGGCCUGGAAGCCCAGCCCCACGGCCUCCCUGCUGAGGCAGCCCGUGCAGUACUGUGUGGUCGUCAACAAGGAGCACAACUUCAAGAGCCUCUGCGCCGUGGAGGCGAAGCUGAGCCUGGACGACGCCUUCAUGGUGGCCCCGAAGCCCGGCCUGGACUUCAGCCCCUUCGACUUCGCCCACUUCGGCUUCCCGGCGGCGGGGAGUCCGGGUAAGGAGCGCGGCGGCAGCGGUGGCUUCCCGGCCAAGCCGGCCCCCGGCCCGGGCCGCCCGGCCCACGCGCGGCCCCGGCCCGACGUCCGGAAGGUCUGCAUCGGGAACAAGAACGUGUUCACCGUCUCCGACCUGAAGCCCGACACGCAGUACUACUUCGACGUCUUCGUGGCCAGCGGCCGCAGCAACCUGAGCACGGCCUACGUGGGCGCCUUCGCCAGGACCCAGCGGGAGGCGGAGCCGAAGGUGGCCGAGCUGAAGGACGGGCGGGUGGCGGAGGUGUUCGUGAAACGCCAGGGGGCCCAGUUCCUGCGCUUCGCCCCGGUGUCCUCGCACCAGAAGGUCGCCUUCCUGGUCCACUCCUGCCUGGGCGCGGCGCAGGUGCAGGUGCGCAGGGACGGGAAGCUGGUGCUGUCCCAGAGCGUGGAGGGCGUCCGGCAGUUCCUGCUCCGGGGGAAGCCCAAGGCCAAGUACCUGGUCCGCCUGAAGGGCAGCCGGAGGGGCGCGUCCGUGCUGAAGGUCCUGGCGAGCACGCGGCCGGGCAAGCACGCCUUCCCCUCGCUGCCCGCGGACACGCGGGUCAAAGCCUUCGACAGGCUGCGCACCUGCUCGUCGGCCACCGUGGCCUGGCUGGGCACACGGGAGCGGAGCAAGUUCUGCAUCUACAAGAGGGAGGUGGACGGCCGCCACGGCGACGAGGGCCGGCGGAGGCGGGGGGAGCAGAACCAGUGCCUGGGCCCCGAGAGCAGGAAGCGGUCGGAGAAGGUCCUCUGCAAGUACUUCCACAGCCAGAACCCGCAGAGGGCCGUGGCCACGGAGACCGUCACCGGCCUGCAGCCGGGCAGGGCCUACCUGCUGGACGUGUACGCCGUCGGGCCCGGGGGCCACUCGGUGAAGUACCGCAGCAAGGUCGUGAAGACCCGCAGGUCCUGCCAGUGACCUGCGGCGGGGGCGCGGGACGCACCGGACCGCCGGGAGGGACGCAGGGCGAGCCCGAGUCCCCCCACGGCCGCGCCCGUGCCGUGGCAGGAAGGGCGUCAGCGUGUGUGUGUGGGUGUUGGCGAGCCCCGGCCGGGGAGACCUGUUCCAGCGCACCCCAGGAGCACCGAGCGUGCUGACGUCUCGGACAGAGGACGCCACGAAGGCACCGCCGUCCCUUGCUUUGACCACUGCAUGAACCGCUCCUAAAUUAUUUUAUUACCUAAAAAGUUUAAAGUAUGCCAUUCAUUGCACACAUCCACAGAAUGCAAAUCAUUCCUCUAUAGAUGCUAGAAGAUAUAUAUAUAUAAAUAUAAAUAUAAAUUAUUUUAUAAAGUCUCAUUUUAAAUGUCCAUGUCUCUGUGGUCGUGAACUAUUCAGCCCCUCUCCUGUGAAAGUGCAGAUUCAACCCGAGUGUAUUGAGUGGACGGUGCCCUCGUCGGUGAUGCUGUAAGUUCUCCCCUGUCGAGUCAAACGCUGCAACGCGGUACGUAUCUCGUGUACAAAGUGGACACAGGAUGUUCGUGCACAUAAAAUUAAAGAUAUUAGAUGACA